AUGAGUAGAGUGCCGAAGGUUUUCGGCAAAACCUAUGCCACUCCCAGGCGACCGUUUGAAAAAGAACGGUUGGAUCAAGAGUUGAAGCUCAUUGGCGAAUACGGUUUGCGAAACAAACGCGAAGUGUGGCGUGUGAAGUACGCUCUGGCGAAGAUUCGGAAGGCUGCUAGAGAACUGCUAACCCUGGAUGAUAAGGAUCCCCGAAGGUUAUUCGGAGAGGAUUUCUUAGAAAGGCGGUUGCAAACUCAGGUUUUCAAAUUGGGUUUGGCUAAGAGUAUUCACCACGCACGAGUUUUAAUUCGUCAACGUCACAUCCGCGUACGGAAACAGAUGGUCAACUGCCCUGGUUUCAUGGUCCGCUUGGAUUCGGGCAAACACAUUAACUUCAGUGUGACGUCUCCUCAUGGCGGUGGCCGUCCAGGACGUGUCAAGAGGAAGAAGGAACGCAAGGCGCAAUCCGAAGGCGACAAUGCCAGCGAAGAAGAGUAA